AGCAGCAGCAGCAGCAGCAGCAGCAGCAGCAGCAGCAGCUCGGCGGCGCGGGCAUCGUCCUAACUUGCAGGCGUGGAGUGACCCCAGAUAUUUCACUAAAAUGAGCGUGCUUAGCAGGAAGAGAUGUGUUCCUUACACUAGAAAUCACCCCGUCACAUGUAGUGGUGUCCCAAUUAAUGGAUUCUGACAUGGAUUAUGAAAGGCCAAACGUAGAGACCAUCAAGUGUGUUGUGGUGGGGGACAACGCCGUGGGCAAGACCAGGCUCAUCUGUGCACGGGCCUGCAAUGCCACCCUCACCCAAUACCAGCUGCUUGCCACCCAUGUGCCCACAGUUUGGGCCAUCGACCAGUAUCGGGUGUGCCAGGAGGUUCUGGAACGCUCCCGGGAUGUGGUAGAUGAUGUCAGCGUCUCCCUGCGCCUCUGGGACACCUUUGGAGACCACCACAAAGACCGUCGCUUUGCUUAUGGGAGGUCCGACGUGGUGGUCCUGUGCUUCUCCAUUGCCAACCCUAAUUCUCUCCACCAUGUCAAGACCAUGUGGUACCCAGAGAUCAAGCACUUCUGCCCCCGAGCUCCUGUCAUCCUGGUGGGCUGCCAGCUGGACCUGCGCUACGCUGACCUGGAGGCCGUCAAUAGGGCCAGGCGACCCUUGGCUAGGCCCAUCAAGCCCAAUGAGAUCCUUCCCCCGGAGAAGGGUCGGGAGGUGGCCAAGGAGCUGGGCAUCCCCUACUACGAGACCAGCGUGGUGGCCCAGUUCGGCAUCAAGGACGUCUUCGACAACGCCAUCCGCGCAGCACUCAUCUCCCGCCGCCACCUGCAGUUCUGGAAGUCCCACCUCCGCAAUGUGCAGCGGCCUCUGCUGCAGGCCCCCUUCCUGCCUCCCAAGCCCCCUCCCCCCAUCAUUGUGGUGCCCGAACCCCCCUCCAGCAGUGAGGAGUGCCCCGCCCACCUCCUGGAGGACCCGCUGUGUGCGGAUGUCAUCCUGGUGCUGCAGGAGCGGGUGCGCAUCUUUGCCCACAAGAUCUACCUCUCCACCUCCUCCUCCAAGUUCUACGACCUGUUCCUCAUGGACCUGAGUGAGGGAGAGCUGGGGGGCCCCUCGGGGCCAGGGGUCUCCCGCCCAGAGGACCACCGGGCUCACCCUGAUCAACACCACCACCACCACCACCACCACCACCAUGGCCGGGACUUUCUGCUUCGCGCUGCCAGCUUUGACGUGUGCGAGAGUGUGGAGGACGGUGGGAGCUCCGGCCCAGCUGGGCUCCGGGCCUCAACCAGCGAUGGCAUCUUACGGGGCAAUGGCACCGGGUAUCUGCCGGGAAGGGGUCGAGUGCUGUCUUCCUGGAGCCGAGCUUUCGUAAGCAUCCAGGAGGAGAUGGCAGAAGAUCCACUGACCUACAAAUCCAGGCUGAUGGUGGUGGUAAAAAUGGACAAUUCCAUCCAGCCAGGGCCCUUCCGGGCUGUUCUCAAGUACCUGUACACUGGGGAGCUGGACGAGAAGGAGCGGGACCUCAUGCACAUUGCCCACAUUGCGGAGCUGCUCGAGGUCUUCGACCUCCGCAUGAUGGUGGCCAACAUCCUCAACAAUGAGGCCUUCAUGAACCAGGAGAUCACCAAGGCCUUCCACGUCCGCAGGACCAAUCGGGUUAAGGAGUGCUUGGCUAAGGGCACCUUCUCAGAUGUGACCUUCAUCCUGGAUGAUGGCACCAUCAGCGCCCACAAACCCCUGUUGAUUUCCAGCUGCGACUGGAUGGCUGCCAUGUUCGGGGGGCCCUUUGUGGAGAGUUCCACCAGGGAGGUGGUGUUCCCUCACACGAGCAAGAGCUGCAUGCGGGCCGUGCUGGAGUACCUGUACACGGGCAUGUUCACUUCCAGCCCCGACCUGGACGACAUGAAGCUCAUCAUCCUGGCUAACCGCCUCUGCCUGCCACACCUGGUUGCCCUCACAGAGCAGUACACAGUGACCGGGCUGAUGGAGGCAACUCAGAUGAUGGUGGACAUCGAUGGGGACGUCCUUGUGUUCCUGGAACUGGCUCAGUUCCACUGUGCGUACCAGUUGGCAGACUGGUGUCUCCACCACAUCUGUACCAACUACAACAACGUGUGCCGCAAGUUCCCCCGAGACAUGAAGGCCAUGUCCCCAGAAAACCAGGAGUACUUUGAGAAGCACCGGUGGCCACCUGUGUGGUACCUGAAGGAGGAAGAUCACUAUCAGCGGGCCCGGAAGGAGCGUGAGAAAGAGGACUAUCUCCACCUGAAACGGCAGCCCAAGCGGCGGUGGCUGUUCUGGAACAGUCCCUCCUCACCGUCCUCUUCUGCAGCCUCCUCGUCGUCCCCAUCUUCCUCCUCGGCUGUAGUCUGAGAUGCUGCCGCCCUCUUCUGACCCUGCUGCUGUUGUGUCCACCGGACCUCGCCCCUCUGCUCUCCGUAUCGCCCCCUCCACCUUCCAGGGACAAGGGGACCCACUUAACCAGGACCCUGAGGGCGGAGCUGUUCUCACCAGCCAACAUAGCUCAGCAAGAGAGGGGCAGGGCCUUGUGAAUCAGAGCUGGGGCCCCUGCAGGGGUGCCCAGUUCUGAAGCAGGGCAGGGGACAGUCCUGGGAGGUAUGAGCAGGGAAGAGCUGAGAGUGCUGGCAUCUUGUCUCUGGAGAGCCCUGGAGUCAGAGGGAAAACUUCCAGCCAUGGGGAGCUGUGGUCUGCAGAGGUGGCCCCUCCCGGGGAAUGGCAGUGGCGAGGAGGGUUCCGCCCCUAAAGGCCAUGAUUUCCCACCAGUGGACUGAAGGGUUGCACAUGUUUUGUGGGCAUUUCCACAUGGAGCCUGCUCAGAUCCCCACUGGAGCAGUCAGGGUAGGCAUUAAGCCUUCAGAGUUGAGUGGAAGGCUUGCACUCUGCCUGUGGGUGCUGUCUGCGUGGGCCUGGCAGAGCCUGCUGGAGUUUAGAGCUCCAGGCCUAGGAGCAGGGCCUCCUGGUGCAGUGAGAAACUCUUCCCUCCCCUCUCCUUCCCCACUCUAAAGUGGGACCCAGAGGAAACAGCUGGGGCAGAGGGAGAGAGGGUAGGGGGUGGUGGCCCGAUGCAGCAGUCCUGUGCUCCUCUGGGCUCAGCUCCCUGCCUCUAGUUAGCACGGCUUAUGGGGUGGGACAAAAUUAGCAAAAGAAAAAAAAGCAACAAACAAAAUCACCAACAGAAACACUCUAGCCUCUAACCCCUCAAAGAAGGAAGAACAGAGAAAGACCCCGUUCCCUGUAUGGCUUACAUUUGUAUCAAACCCAAUAGGGGCCCCCAUGUAGAUAAGACAAAAGGUUAAGAUUGUAGAAUUGAUUCCAGUGCCUUUCAGGAAGGGACCUGGUCACCAGCGGUGACUGGGGACUCCCUGGCUGCUAGGACGCUCUGGGGGGCAGCACAGGUCCCAUGCCUUCAGCCUGCUGGGAUCAGGGCUGGAGGAUGGGAGGGAACGGGUAGCCCUGGGUUUGGACAUGGCAUUAAGUGACCCCUGUUGCCUGUGUGAGAACCUGGUUACCCGCUUCCUUCAGAGGUGGCCCCACAGGAUGAGGAUGUUGUGGAGGGAGGUUUGGGGCAGGGGUUGAAGGUCUGGAAGGUCACUGACUUGGGAAUAGGAAUCUCAGUGAUGAAGGAUCAGAGGACAGGACCUUACUUGGUGCCAGUUUGGGAUACAAGGGGAGGAAGAAAGGGAGACCUCCGCAGUCCCCCAGGAGGAGGGGAUGGGACCGGAGAAUGGGGACAGCAGCCUGCAACCCCGCAGGGCAAAGCUGGGCCUCGGUGGACCCUCUUCCUGUUUCUACCCCUGAUCUUAUUUUACUCCCACGGGCUUUUGCACCCAAAAGACAGAGUCCCUCUGGUGAGGGUGGAGCUGCAGACACAGCUCCUGAGCUCAGAGCCGUGGCGUCACCUGGCCCGAGGAGGGACUGGCUGUGGUCUCAAGGCCCCAGCAUGCCAUCCAGUGGGGCUUACGGUCUGGGAGAGAACAAACCUAGAAAUGAAGGACACCCCUGCAAUGAGUGGUGCCACGCCCUAGAGAGCUGAGGGUAAGCUGUCGGCAAAAUUAGCAGCAGGAGGUGGCAGGGCAAGCAGGCCUACAGCAGCCGGCCCGUGAGCCCCAGACUUCUGGGCUGCGCUGUGUCCCCUCCAAGUCUAGGGUGGCUAUGCCUGACAUGUGCUGCCCUCUACUGGCUGCCAGCCUCCCUUGGCAGAGCUUGCAGUCUGCAGCCUCAAGGAAGGCUGGGGGGUGGUGGUGGAGGAGGGGUCUCGCCUUGUAGGGUGGGAAUGGCUCUGCACCUGGCACCUUUGCACUGGGGAAGGGAACAGGAGGAACCACAGGGUCUCCCAGGAACGCUGUGUGAGAGGGAGAGCCCAGGCCUAAGGUCCAAGGGCAGGGAAUGGGUGUCCACGAGCUGGCAGGGCUGAGCCAUCUGGCCCAUUGACAAGGAUGCAGAAAGGCCAGUGGGGAAGGUGCAGGUGGCCCACAGGAGAGGGGCUGCAGAUCCACCCCAGCAAGCAGAACCAGCUCACCAGUCCGGGACCCACUGCCCCUUCCCAGUUGCUCCAUCAGAGCCGGGCUGCCCCAGGCAGGAGCCCAUAGGCCCAGGUGUAACCCCAGAUGCCACCUGAGGAGGCUGUGGGGAGCGAGACUGGGCCGGGAUCCCUCUCCCAGGUGGGAGGGAGGGUGGAGGGGCUCUAAUUCCAGUCCCCCAUGAACCUGACUCAGAAAUCCCAAGUCAGAGCUGGACACCCACCCACACCGGGCAAGCCUGAUGGCAUCACGGGAGAGGAAGGGGCAUGUCCCCCAGCAAGAGUACACAGCCCUGCACUCCUUCACUCAGAGCUGUCCGUGAGGGGAGUGUGAGGGUGGGGGGAAACACACACGCACACACACACACACACCUCUUUUUAUAUAAGGUUUCAUAUUUAAUUUGGUCAUGAGUUCAUAAAUACAUGAGUAUUUUGUA